AUGGCACGAUCUUACAUAAAGAACGUACACAAGAGACGUGUUUCCAAGAGGUGCAACUUCUACAGAACUGCUAGAGUUGGUACUUGGUUCCAUCAAAGCAAUUUAGACAUUGCUACUAUCUGUAAGAUAGUAGCAUGUUUUUUGAUGUUCCGGCAUCCACGGCAGGACGACACAGUGGAUGAAACUGGCGUAGCGUCGCCCACAAUUAUAGAUUGGUUCAGUUUUUGCCGAGAGGUCUGUGUGUUCUGGGUAGACAAGCAUAGCGAGAAGCUCGGUGGCCCAGGACAUACAGUUGAGAUCGACGAGGCAAAAAUUGGAAAAAGAAAAUACAAUCGUGGCCGACUCAUUAAAGGGAACUGGAUUUUUGGAGGAUACGAGCGAGAAUCAAAGAAAGUCUUCAUCGUUCCAGUCGAGAAUCGGACAGAAGAGACACUCCUGAAGUGUAUCAAGGAAUGGAUUCUGCCAGGAACUACCAUCGUGUCAGAUUGUUGGAAAUCCUACAAUUGCUUAAGCAAUGAAGGCUUCCAACAUCUGACAGUAAACCAUUCCUACAAUUUUGUCGAUCCUGAGAGUGGUGCACACACUCAACAUAUAGAGCGCGUUUGGAGAGAGGUUCAGGGAAAUAUUCCAAAAUACGGAACUAAAUCCGAACAUUAUGUUGGAUAUUUGUCCGAAUUUCUCUUCAAACGCACCUAUAGCCGACUGGAACGCAUUGAAGCUUUCUUUAAGACCAUCGCGGAGCUGUAUCCUCCAAUGUCCGAAAACUUGCCAGCAGAAUUCGAGGACCAACAGGAACCAAGUACCAGCACAGCUUGA